AUGCGCUUUGUAUUGUUGGUUGCGUUAUUGGUCGGGUUGGCUGCACUUACCCCGCCAUGUUCCACAUGUACUUGCCAUACCAAUCCACCAACUUGCAAGACUGAGCCACCCGCUUGCAGGACUACGCCACCAACUUGCAGGACUGAGCCACCAUGCACCACUGUGCCACCAACUUGCAAGACUGAGCCACCAACUUGCAAGACUAAGCCUCCAUGCACCACUGUGCCACCAACUUGCAAGACUGAACCACCAACCUGCAAGACUAAGCCUCCAUGCACCACUGUGGCACCAACUUGCAAGACUGAGCCACCAUGCACCACUGUGGCACCAACUUGCAAGACUGAACCACCAACCUGCAAGACUAAGCCUCCAUGCACCACUGUGCCACCAACUUGCAAGACUAAGCCUCCAUGCACCACUGUGGCACCAACUUGCAAGACUGAGCCACCAUGCACCACUGUGCCACCAACUUGCAAGACUGAGCCACCAACUUGCAAAACUGAGCCACCUCCAUGCCCCACCACUGUGCCACCUCAGCAACCCCAUGGUGGGAAGACAACCAAGUGUCGUUCGAGUAGGAAAACCAGCAGACGAUCACCGUCCCGAUGCACCAAAAAGAUAGUUCAUCGUCAUCAUCAUCAUCAUCCGGCAACGAAAUCGGGAUCGGGAUGUGGAUCGAAAAAUGAAUCGGGUGGUGAAGGAAUCGGGUGUAUUUUGAAGGACCUGCUAACACCAAAGUGCCCCAACUCAGAACCGAAGCCUCAAGUGCCGUGCAAGUCUGCACCCAAAUGUAACCCCAAUCCAAAACCAAUAGCCACAUCUAAACCAAAGCCAAAGCCAAGCUCAAAGCCGUGUGAAUCCUCCAAGAAGCCCGGAAAAUCGCAGCCGAAACCAUGUGCCACCACCAAGAAAUAA